GCCAGAUAUCUGGGUUCUCGCAUCGGGCGUAGUGAAAGACUCCUGCAAACAGCUCAACGGGUCGUAGAUGCCAUCUUCAUCAUGUUCACAGCAUUGUAUACAGCGACGACUCUUUUUUCCUGUCUUGCUGGUCACACGUGGGCCGAGUUUACCGCGAAUGAUCAGAACUUAUUUGUCUAUUUCUCACAAUCCUCUGGUCGUAACUCGAGCCUCGACAAUCUGUGCAACAGUGCGGCGAUCGACGUGGUCAUCUUAGGCUUCGUGCGUAGUUUUACUGGAACUGCAGGAUACCCUACUAUCGACUUUGGCUCAUCAAAUUGCAACGAGACCAGACGUCAAGACGAAGCAGUAGCACCAGGACUAGCUGUGUGUACGAAGCUAGGGCAGCAGGUGAAGCGGUGUCAGAAGAUGGGUAAAAGGGUUUUCUUGAGCAUUGGUGGCUCGUCUUCUAACACAUCAUUCAAUGGAGGAAACGCCGGACGCAAUGAAGCCAAAGAAGCCGCGAAAUCAAUGUGGAAUUUGUUUGGUGGGGGAACUGAUUCGCCACUGCUCCGACCGUUCGGUCAAGACGUUGUUAUCGAUGGCUAUGACAUUGAUCACGAACAAGGUUCAUCAGAAAAUUACGAUGUCUUUAUAUCGAGGCUUAGAUCACUAGCCAACACGGGCGCUAAACCCACCUACAUCUCAACUGCACCGCUCUGCAAAUUGGCGGGCCCAGACAGCACCAGAGCUACGUUGGCUCUUGUAGAUUUUGUCUUUAUUCGCUUUUAUAAUUCUGCAUCGUGUGCUAUGGGAACGCCAGGAUUUUGCUCAUCACUACAGCAGUGGUAUCGGGAUAUCAUACCUUCACCGCAUCUGGCAUUCCCGAAAGUUCUCCUCGGAGGCUUGAGCUUUGACAAUGGCAACUCGGGCUACGUUCCCGCGGAACGCUUUCGCGAUGCUAUUUGUGUAGCGAAGAAGCCAGGUUUCAUGUGUUUCUGGAAUGCAGAUAAAUUUGGGGGCGUAAUGCUUUGGGAUGGUACCAGGGGAGUGGCAAACAUGGUGAAUGAAGCGGGUCAUGGAAUAGACUAUUUGACAUAUGUUAAAAAUGUAUUAGUGGAGACAUGA